UACUCCUCUAGAGCGAUGUCUAGGCUGCGAGAGAAAAGAGGGCGGCGGCAGGUGUGCAAGACGGGAUUGCCGGUAAAUGAGGAACGCCGCUUCCUUUCCGGCCGCCGCCGCCGCCGCCGCCUUCUGUUCUGCGCCAGUGCGCACGCGCGGAACCCAGGGCUCCUUGGGUACCGGGACCACAACUCCCAGAGUGCUCCGCGCCCUCGCCGCUGCCUUGGACCGCCGUUCUGCGCCAGUGCGCACGCGCAGACGCAGACCGCCGCGCCUCGGGAGCAGGGACUACAAUACCCAGGGUGCUCCGCGCUCUCGCCGCCGCCGCCGCCGCCGCCGAGACCAAGAUGGCCGGGAGACUCGCCACCUUCAUCAGGGAUGCCUGGGCCAAGGAGCCGGUGCUGGUCGCGUCCUGCGUCAUCGGGAGCCUCUGUGCGUGAGAGCGAGCCUUUGCUUCUGCCCUUCGUCAGCCCCUUCACCAAGUACGCCACCAUGAUCAACAAGGUCACGCCCUACAACUACCCAGUGCCCGUCCGAGAUGAUGGGAACAUGCCCGACGUGCCCAGCCACCCCCAGGACCCCCAGGGCCCAAGCCUGGAGUGGCUGAAGAAACUGUGAACCACCCUCUUCCCCCCCCCCCCCCCCCGACUGACAGGGAGGUCCCCUCCCCGGUGGCCAAUAAAAUGUGAAAACCGA